AUGCCACACCAAGAUGGAACUGUCGUCCACCAUGAUAACUCUCAAGGUCCUCCCCCUAAUUAUGACCCUUAUAUGAUUUCGACCCCCGACCAUCCAUUUUUUCCUGGCGCUCCAAUUACUAAGCGAAUGUUUCACAAUCUUCAUCAAGUUGUUUUUGCUAUAGUCAUAUUGUGUGCUUGGACUUUAGUCCCUGCGGUACUAAAAGCCGAAGCAGGCCGCCACUUCAAAUUUGUGGCCUUCAAGAAUAAUAUCAGCAAAACUCAACAAGAAAAUCUGGCAGUAUUAGCCUUGAGCUCUGAAAUUGGGGGGGAGAAGACACUAUUUCGAACAACUCUUCCGUUAGGAUUAUUGGCUGAAUUUCUUUCCCACAACUAUGCUGAUGCCAUAUGCUAUGAGAUUACCAACCACCAGGCAGGCCCUCGAGUCCUCAAUAGUGGGCCAGGGCUCGUUAAUCUUAGUGAAAACUGGAACUGGGCUGCUAUUCGGGCAUUUGAUCCUUUUUACAGUUCAGACUUAGCUGACAGCACGGAAGCUACCAAUUUCUUCGAGGAGGUGAUCUUGGUCACAUCUGAGCUAGUAACUAGCUGGGAUAUUGUUUAUCCACAACUCAGAGAAACGAUCAACAUCAUAAUUUGCCAUGUGGAUCCUUGGAUCAUGGCGCAAUUGUAA